GCCCACUUUUAGUGAAUUUGCUAAAAAUAUAUUUUCGAAAUAAUAUUCCGCUUUCUCGUUUCUUAUCCGUUCAAGCUUUCGUGAAUUCGUCUCAUAAACCUCUCCACUCUCUCUGGAUCUCCACGCAUAGAUCUUCCUCUGUUUUCCUCCAUAAUUCUUCUCUCUUUCUCUGGAUCACAACAAAGCAGUGAAUGAGAAAAACAGCAUGAGUUGGUUCACAAGGUCUGUUGAUGUGUACCGUAAAGUUGUGAGCUUGAAUCUGUAUUGCCGAGUUAUUCUGUAAACUUUUUCUCUGCCUUGAAAAACCCCAUCUUCAAUCUUCUUCUAAAUCCUCAGCCUUUUCUAAACUCUUUAAUAAUGGGAUCCCAACGUUUCUACGUUUUCCACUGUGACCAGUAUAGGAUCAUCUAAACCCUUAAAGCUUCUCUUUUUCUUCUUCAAGUCAUCUGUCUUUUGGUGACUUACUCUGUUCUGUGGAGAAACACUAGUUUUACAUUCGAGAGUUUGGAAAAGUUAUUAUUAUGGUAAGUCAAUCAGCUGGUCAAACAAGAUUUCGAACAUUCAAGUACGAGAACAACGGAGACUCUAGCAGACCAACAAUUGUAGUGAGAGUUAUUGCUUGCUUCCAACCGAUGGAUAAUUGUCAGGCUGAAUACUUUAGACAUAUACUCAAACCAGUGACGUAGUUGGUUUGUGAGCUUGUGUUUGUAUUUUUGGAGCUGGCACCUUUUUUCUUUUUGUCUCUACUUUCUUAUACGAUUGUUUCAAGAAAGAAUCAACAAGUGUUGCGUUCCACACAUUUGAGCAACAGCUUCCACAAUCGUAUUGUAUUCCUGUAAAGUUCCCUUGGCUUAAACUGCAAGAGCAUGCCUCUUGAUACCAAACAGCAGAAAUGGUUGCCAUUAGGCUUAAAUCCUCAAGCUUGUGUCCAGGACAAGGCGACUGAGUAUUUCCGUCCUGGAAUUCCUUUUCCGGAACUCGGUAAAGUUUAUGCAGCUGAGCAUCAGUUUCGCUAUUUGCAGCCACCGUUCCAAGCCUUAUUGUCUAGAUAUGAUCAGCAGUCUUGUGGAAAACAAGUUUCAUGUUUGAAUGGGCGAUCUAGCAACGGUGCUGCUCCAGAGGGGGCACUCAAGUCUUCUCGGAAAAGAUUUAUAGUAUUCGAUCAGUCGGGAGAGCAGACUCGUUUGUUACAAUGUGGAUUUCCUCUGCGGUUUCCUUCUUCUAUGGAUGCAGAGCGAGGGAACAUUCUCGGUGCCCUACACCCAGAGAAAGGGUUUAGUAAAGAUCAUGCCAUUCAAGAAAAGAUAUUGCAACAUGAAGAUCAUGAAAAUGGCGAAGAAGACUCGGAAAUGCACGAAGACACUGAGGAAAUCAACGCGUUACUGUAUUCUGAUGAUGACGAUAAUGAUGAUUGGGAAAGUGAUGAUGAAGUAAUGAGCACUGGUCACUCUCCAUUCACAGUUGAACAACAAGCGUGCAACAUAACAACAGAAGAGCUGGAUGAAACUGAAAGCACUGUUGAUGGUCCACUUCUUAAAAGACAGAAACUACUGGACCAUUCGUACAGAGACUCAUCACCAUCCCUUGUGGGCACCACUAAAGUCAAAGGCUUAUCAGAUGAAAACCUUCCUGAAUCAAACAUUUCAAGCAAACAAGAAACGGGUUCUGGUUUGAGCGACGAGCAGUCAAGAAAAGACAAGAUUCACACCGCUCUGAGAAUCCUGGAGAGUGUAGUUCCAGGGGCAAAGGGAAAAGAAGCUCUUUUACUACUAGACGAAGCCAUUGAUUACCUCAAGUUGCUGAAGCAAAGCUUAAACUCAUCAAAGGGUUUGAAUAACCAUUGGUGAAAAACCUACAACCCCUUUUGUCCUAUUGAUAAGGCAUGUUUGGUUGGUUAAAGAGAAGACAUGGGACAAAAGAUAAUCAAUGAGGUAAAGGACUGAUGAAGAAGAUUCUCUCAAAUUCAUUAACGUGGGUUUGAAACAAUUAGAACACGCCUGGUGACCCUAGUGGGACCGUAUCCACUGUUCAUCUAGCUGGAUCAAUAGUGGUUUACUUUUGGAUUUGGCAUGCUCUCUCAAAAAAGAACCAAAAAAAAGUCACUUUCUUCUGUGCUUGGAGUGGAAGAAAAGUGAAAGAAGGGAAAAAAGCAAAGUCUUGGUGCUCAUUGAUCGUUAAUAAUUAUCUUUACUCGUGAGUAAUAAUAAUAUCUCUGUGAAGGUCUGGUGGUGGUGGGUGUGGAUGAAGAAAAAUCAAAAAGGCAAAUAUUGAAAUUUUUGGAGUGGUUGUGACUUGUGGAAAUUGAAAUCUUCCCACUUUCAUUAGGUGAAAAUCUAUGUCCCCACUCUCUCUUGUCUCAUUAUUACUCUUCUGUUGCUAUCAAUCCCAUAACUUGUCAUCUUUUUUGUUUUUUCUAAUCUCUCUGGCUCUUAAGCUCUUCAAAGGCCUUGUAGUUUUGUACUAUUGUAAUGUUAUUUGCUUCUGUUGUUUCUCUCAUGGGUCUAAACAUGUUUGUGUAUCAUGUUCAUGUAAUAAACUCGAGUGUU